GAAAAGCGCUAUCCAAAAGUUUAUUAAAAGCUGAGCACAUCCAUUUCAGUCAGCUGGUCCUCUAUGCUUUUGAGAGUUAGAGAGCAUGUGGCUCAUAUUUGUUCUGCUCCAACUUCUGCCUCAACUCACCCUCAGCACUCGCUGUCCGAGUGGGUGCGUCUGUGACAUUAAAGGUUCAGCGAAAUGUAAAGGGAACUUCACUGAUAUACCCCCUCUGGACCCCGCUAUCACCUUCCUACUCCUGCUUGAAGACACACACAUAAAAGUUCUCCAAGAACGAAGCUUUCAGCAUUUCCCUCUUCUUCUAAGAUUGUCGAUAUCCCACAGCUCUCUUGACACUAUUCACCCAGAAGCCUUCCAUAAUGCUUCACAACUUCUGUCCAUCAAACUGUCAUCAAAUGCUCUCUCUGUUUUCCCACCCAAAAUAUUUAGUGAGCAGAGAAACCUAGAGCAGCUACAGCUGAAUGGCAAUCAGAUAGUUUCAAUAAGUUCAGAAUUGUUUCAAGGGUUGGUUAAUUUAACAGAACUGGAGAUCAGAAAUAAUUUGAUUUCUCAGCUGGAAGCCGAUGUCUUCCAGAGUUUGACCAGCUUAAUUUUUCUCAACUUGGCUGGGAACCGACUGAGGAACCUCCCUCAAACCCUCUUCCACAACCUGAGGCAACUUAAGUAUUUGAUACUCUCCUCUAACCAGUUGGAGACUCUAGAAUCAGGUUCAUUUGAUCAUCUAAACAACCUGUUGGAGCUAAUACUAUAUAAGAACCAGAUCCGAGAGAUACCACCACACCUUUUCUGGCACAUGCCUUUCCUUCGUACUCUCUCAAUGUCAACCAACCAGCUCCGGAAUCUUCCAGCUGAGAGCUUCUACUACUUGCCCAAUCUCACCAAGCUUACCCUCUACAAAAACCCAUUGAUCUCUCUACCUGACCAGCUAGUAGGGCAUAUGCCAAGGCUCCAAGAACUCUAUCUUUAUGAAACCAACCUAGCCACUGUCCCUUGGAACCUUUUUGCUAACAUGACUAACUUAAGAUGGCUCCAUUUACACUUCAAUGAAAAGUUAAGCUCCCUGCCAAAGAACCUCUUUUGUUGCUUGCCAAACUUGAUGAAGCUCUCCCUAAAAAGCAACAAUCUUAAGGAGCUGCACGCUGAACUCUUUUCGGGCUUGACUAGCCUUCAAGUACUAAUGCUAAAUGAAAACAAGCUUCAGUCUCUCCCAGCAACAUUCUUUCAGCAAACCCCAAGUCUCGAAAUAAUUGAUCUAAGCCACAACCAUCUGAGGUAUCUUCCUGGAAACAUUUUUGUACAUGCAGGAGCACUGAAGGUUCUUUCUCUUAGUGGCAACAAAUGGAACUGUGAUUGUAGCAUUUUGAGUAUUACAGAAUGGAUUAGUGAAAACCAAAGGCUAAUCAAUGAUUUGGACAAAGGAGUAGCAUGCCAUGAACCACACCACUUACGAAACCAUCCUCUGCAGAAGUUGACCUAUGAAGAUCUUCAGUGCGGUCAGGGUGGAUUCCAGAUACCGCAUAGAAAAGACUCAACUAUAGCUACAAUGACUUCAUCUUCCCUUUUAUUUACGAGUACUAUAACAUCAACCAUGCAACAAACCCCUCUAAUCCCUCCUACAGCUGAUGAUUUUUACGUGAAAUCAAGCAGCAUCUACAAUAAUGAUCCAGCAUUCUACAAUACAAUUGUCCUGGACAACGGACCUGAAAUUGUCCACAACAAUCAUUACAAUGGUUGGGUGUACCUGUGGACUGUCCCAUCAACGGGUUCUUACAGUGGCUCCAUGAUGGUUUUGUAUAUUGUUCUCUUGGCCACUGGUGUGAUUCUUAUCAUGGCCAGUGUGUAUGUUAUGUACCGUCUUAACAAGGUGGUGGGGGUUUUAGGGGCAGUUGCUAUGGGAGACAAUCAGAGAAUAAUGACCAGAAAAAUACGACGUUUCAAAGCAAAGAUGUGGCUCACAUUUGCUCUACUUCUGCCUCAACUCACCUUCAGCACUUGCUGUCCCAGUGGGUGCAUCUGUGACAUUAAAGGUUCAGCAAAAUGUAAAGGGAACUUCACUGAUAUACCCCCUCUGGACCCCGCCAUCACCAUCCUACUCUUGCUUGAAGACACACACAUAAAAGUUCUCCAAGAACGAAGCUUUCAGCAUUUCCCUCUUCUUCUAAGAUUGUCGAUAUCCCACAGCUCUCUUGACACUAUCCACCCAGAGGCCUUCCACGGUGCUCCACAACUUCGCUCCAUCAAACUGUCAUCAAACGGUCUUUCCAUUUUCCCACCCAAGGUGUUUAGAGAGCAGAGCAACCUAGAGCAGCUACAGCUGGAUGACAAUCAGAUCAUUUCCAUAAAUUCAGAACUUUUUCAAGGGCUGGUAAAUCUAAUCAAACUGGACAUCAGUAUGAAUCGUAUUUCUCAGCUGGACGCCAAUGUCUUCCAGAGCUUGACUAGCUUGAAUUUCCUCAACUUGGCUGGGAACCAACUGAAGAACCUCCCGCAAACCCUCUUCCACAAUCUGAGGCAACUUAAGUCUUUGAAUCUCUCCUAUACCCAGUUGGAGACUCUAGAAUCAGGUUCCUUUGAUCAUCUAAACAACUUGUUGGUGCUAAUACUACAUAAGAACCAGAUCCGAGAGGUACCACCACGCCUUUUUUGGCACAUGCCUUCACUUCUUACUCUCUUAAUGUCAACCAACCAGCUCUGGAAUCUUCCAGCUGAGAGCUUCUACUACUUGCCCAAUCUCACCAAGCUUACCCUCUACAAAAACCCAUUGAUCUCUCUACCUGACCAGCUAGUAGGGCAUAUGCCAAGGCUCCAAGAACUCUAUCUUUAUGAAACCAACCUAGCCACUGUCCCUUGGAACCUUUUUGCUAACAUGACUAACUUAAGAUGGCUCCAUUUACACUUCAAUGAAAAGUUAAGCUCCCUGCCAAAGAACCUCUUUUGUUGCUUGCCAAACUUGAUGAAGCUCUCCCUAAAAAGCAACAAUCUUAAGGAGCUGCACGCUGAACUCUUUUCUGGCUUGACUAGCCUUCAAAUACUAAUGCUAAAUGAAAACAAGCUUCAGUCUCUCCCAGCAACAAUCUUUCAGCAAAUCCCAAGUCUCAAAAUAAUUGAUCUAAGCCACAACCAUCUGCGGUAUCUUCCUGGAAACAUUUUUGUACAUGCAAGAGCACUGAAGGUUCUUUCUCUUAGUGGCAACAAAUGGAACUGUGAUUGUAGCAUUUUGAGUAUUACAGAAUGGAUUAGUGAAAACCAAAGGCUAAUCAAUGAUUUGGACAAAGGAGUAGCAUGCCAUGAACCACACCACUUACGAAACCAUCCUCUGCAGAAGUUGACCUAUGAAGAUCUUCAGUGCGGUCAGGGUGGAUUCCAAACAUUAACAGAUACUAUUAUAGCAACCAUGCAACAAACCCCUCUAAUCCCUCCUACAGCUGAUGAUUUUUAUGUGAAAUCAAGCAGCAUCUACAAUAAUGAUCCAGCAUUCUACAAUACAAUUGUCCUGGACAACGGACCUGAAAUUGUCCACAACAAUCAUUACAAUGGUUGGGUGUACCUGUGGACUGUCCCAUCAACGGGUUCUUACAGUGGCUCCAUGAUAUUUUUGUAUAUUGUUCUCUUGGCCACUGGUGUGAUUCUUAUCGUGGCCAGUGUGUAUGUUAUGUAUCGUCUUAACAAGGUGGUGGGGGUUUUAGGGGCAGUUGCUAUGGGAGACAAUCAGAGAAUAAUGACCAGAAAAAUAAGACGUUUCAAAUUUCAACUCUAGAGAAAGCUAGAAAGUUAUUUAUAUAUCUAUGUAUAUGCACAUGUUUGUCUUUCUGUUAUUAUACCAGUUAAGUAGAACAAAAGCAUCCAUUGUUUUCGUAAUUGCUUUUAGCCUGUUUCUGGAAUUACUGUAUUUAAGCAUCUUAAAGUGAAGCAACAGGACCAAGGAAAUCUGUUAAAUUAUCUACUGACAUAAGAUGAGACAUAAAAAAAAGAGCAGAAAAUGUUUCCUAAUGUAACGAUAUGUACUCAUAAUGUUUCAUGAUAAUCCUGAUAGUCUUAAUGUACUCAUGAC